AUGGUGGCACUGUGGUCAUUCGCGUCCCAGACACCCGCUGUGAUGAUCCAUCAUGCUGGUACGACUGCGAGGGUCCCUAGAAGGCCCGUCAAGUACACAUCAGAUGAACUGAAGCUAUUGGUGAAGCUGACCACCCAGGCACGUGACCUACUGCAGCAAGAAAACAGAAUCAACCUGUUCAUGGAAAAAGCGGUCUGGACUGAGAUAGCUAAUCAUAUGCAUGCAACGGGAUUCCCGAAGCGAUCGUGGGUCGUACUGAGGACGAAGGGAGUGCGAAUGUUAGCAGAUUCUCUCACUGAACGGCGGUGUACCAUUUCUGCUGUCAACUCGUUGGCGGAUUAUUCUCAAGCAUCUGAUGGUGUUAGUACCAUUUAUUCGAGCAGCUCGAAGCCACCUGAUCAUAUGGGUACCAACGACUUGGAAUGCCUGAUGCAGCGUGGCAACCAGAUAACGACUCCAUCGUCUAUACCCUACAUACAACCUCCUCCGUUGAUCCAUUCAUCUGAGGCAUCAGCGACGACGUUGAUGGCUUUAGCUCGCAGUGAUAGUUUCCCUCAUGCAUUUGUUUCAUCCACUUCAUCCAGUGCUGUUCCACAAAUUUUAAAUGUCCGCUCAACAGCAAUCGCAUCGUCUGCUAAUACCCCGAGUUUGAGCCCGAGCUUGUUAAUGCAAACAAGUGGAGAUUAUUCUGUAUCAACACCCGCUCACGUUGCUCCAGUGAAUGAAUUCCGAUCGCCUAUUUCGGACCAUCCAUGUCGUAUUCAUUUAUCAGUUUCAAGUGAUGAAGAUGACAAAGUGACAACCGCAACUACAGCCUCACGGGGAACUACUGUGUCUUCACUAUCGACGCUACCGUGUGUCGGGUCCGGAUGUUCGGAUGAGUUGGAAAAAUUCACACAAAACUCUCAGUUACAGAUGCAAAUUUGCCGGAAACAACUUGAAAUACUCGAAAUGAAGAAGAUUUAUUGGACGGAAAAGCUGAAAAGGCUGCAAAGUCAACUGCCGCACAGUUAGCCCACCGUUUUGCAAACAUAUCUGCAUUCGUGACUGACGAUAAAUUUACAGCUGAUUUCUGCACCUCCCAUGUAAACUUUACCCCCUUCCCUACUCAGCACUUCACAAGCCAGUUUCCUAAAUUUUUUUCUAUUGUAAAUACGCCCCUUCGUUUGGACUCCACUCCAGAUAAUGAAUUCAGAAGGUGCUGUCCAAUUGUGUGCUACUGACAUCUAAGAGCUGAUCAGUCAACACCUUUGGUCAAAGGUUCAAAAACGGUACUUUCUUGAGACGGCAUAGACCUAGGUGUGUU